UCAAUUUCAAAUAUGACGCAACUUGUAUGUGUUAUGUUCAAAAUACUUAGUUCAGACCAUGAAGCAGUGGAUUAGCAAUGUAAACUUUAUAUUACAAUAACUACAAUUACAUUCGCGGGGAUUAUCAGUAUUUUGCUGUGAUUAAGGAAUUAGUUUUCGAAAACGUAUUCCCUUACAUAACCUCAAAUUUUACUUAAACUGCAAUAUUAAAGAACAUGUUCAGGUUCAAAAGUUGCGUUACAAAUAUUGUUAGAUAUGUAUCACAGACAAAACCUACACAGUCGCCAAUUCGAUCUAGUGUAACUUUGGCGUUUGGGAAAUAUUUACUAUUAACGAAUACCGUCAGCUCCAGUGUCCUCAUGUUGAUUGGAGAUGUAUGUCAGCAAGAAAUUGAAUACCGCCAGAAUAAACUACCUCAAAGAUAUGACUAUGGACGGUUAACUCGAAUGUUUAUCGUAGGUUUAGGUUUGGGGCCCAUACAUCACUAUUUCUAUGUAUGGCUGGGUAAAGCUAUGCCGGCCAGAAAUUUGGCCACUGUAACAAAAAAAAUUCUGAUAGAUCAAUUUGUUAUGAGUCCUAUUUGCAUAGCUGCUUUCUUCUAUAGUAUGGGUGCCUUGGAGUUAAAGCCGGUUAAAGAAUGUAAUGAAGAACUUAAAAAUAAAUUCGCUGAAGUCUAUGUGAUGGAUUGGUUUGUAUGGCCCCCAACACAAUUUAUCAAUUUUUACUAUGUUCCACGAAAGUACCAAGUUUUUUAUAUAAAUUUUGUAACAAUGUUAUAUAAUGUCUUUCUAUCAUACAUCAAACACAGGGAAAUGGCAGAAGAAUAUGUACAGAAAUUUAUACUUGACAGAGAUCAGAGCUAAAUUAUUUUAUAUAUAUUUAUUUAUGAAAUUAAAUUAAUUUUUGCCUA